CCUUGGCAGCCGGUGCGUCUGUUUCCGUGUGUCUUGUCUAUCCUUCCUCUGUCUGCAUGACCAUGGUGUCACAUGACUCACCUUGUUCACCGAGAUGACAGUGCUCACUUCCUUUAGAGCUUCUCUGCCUCUUCCUCCCUCGUGUCGGCCUUCCCUCCCCGCCCUCGUCAACUCUCUCUGGAGAGCCGCGCCAGCCAUCAGCCACGGCGUCCGUGCGGUAGCGACAGCGGCGAGCUCCGUCACACUCUCACGGCAGCGAAUCAAUCAACUUCUCGAGGGCGAGAUAACCCACUUUGCCUUGAAGGCUCAGCGGCCGCUUGACUUCCAGCAGAUCAUCAAUAUCCGCAACAUACAGGAAACCGCGCGAUUCCUGCACGCGGAGGUAAGUCAGUCAAGUCGGGGGACGCGAGAGGCGGGGUCGUUCUUGACGUGUCGCGCACUGCACACGUGUCUGGCUGUCGUGUCUUGUUUGCUUUUGUGUGUGUCUUUGUUUGUUGGGUCAGUUGCCUGUUCGGUUUGCCAACCGGAUUCGUUCGUUGGAGGAGCUCCCAGGCUGGCGGUCCAUCCCAGCCCUCGUCGACGUGCGGACAUCGUACGUCGAGUCGUUCAAGGACCUCAGGCUGGUUGCCGUCGAUGACAGGUAUGGGAGGGAAUGGAGGCCACUCACCUCACACACAAAUGCUCACUCGGGCAUCCAUCCCAUGACGUGACCUCUCUUUGUGUCAUCCAUCCCAUCCGUUCACGCCAUGCAGGUCUGAUUUCCGCGCGGCUCUACAGCGAGUGAAGCAGCGUCACGGCAAGGUGGUCCAGCUCCUCACAACUGGUCUGCGAGACCUGCAGCACGCCAGGCCCCUCGAGCUGUCGCCUACUUUUGUGGACGCCUUCCUGAAUGAGUUCUUCCUCUCACGGAUAGGCACGGAGCUAAUCCGCGAACAGGUGAGACAAAGCUGUGUGACACACGCACAGCCAUGCCCGCCAUGUGCACAUGUCUGUGUGUGUGUUGUUCUGGCAAUGCUUCCAGUAUAUGACGGUCGAGCGCUCGAAUGGCCGUGGCUCCGGCAUCAUCGACCCAGAGUGCGCGCCUUUGGAAGUCAUCACCAGGGCGGCCCGCGACGCCGGCCGGCUGUGCGACUACCACACCCAGAGCGCCCCCACCGUGCAGCUCUUCACCCCCCGGCUCAUGACCUCCCCCCUACGCUUCGCAUUCGUGUCGAGGUACCUCUACUAUGUCGUGUUCGAGCUCCUCAAGAAUAGCAUGAGGGCAGUGUCUGAGAAGGGCCCGGCUGCGGACGAGAGCGACCUGCACAGUGGUGAGGGUGCGAGGCGGCCCACGUAUGAGCUGGAAGGGACCAACACGAGGCUGCCGCCGGUGCGGGUGGUGCUGGCGGGCGACUCCGAGACCAUGCACAUAAAGGUGAGGGCAGUAGAGGGGAGAGGGGGGAGGUGAGUUUGUGUCCGUCUGAUGGGUGGCCAUGCGAUGCUGUGUGUGGCUGGGCUGUUAUGUGUGUGCAGGUGAGUGACCGUGGCGGCGGCAUUCCUCUGGCCCUUCAGCCCAAGAUCUGGUCGUACCUGUACACCACGGCCACGCCGGCGCACGUCAAGGUGUCACACACGGGCAUCGACGGGCCCGCCACGACAAACGGCAAUGGUAAGCGCGCCGGGCGACACACACGGCAAGCAACAAACCAAAGACGGACGCCACAUACUGUCUGUCGCCACCUCUCGCUCUUCAGGUGUCCCGCCUCUGGCUGGAUUCGGUGUGGGUCUGCCGCUGAGCAACCUCUACACUCAGUACUUCGGCGGGCGGCUGCGUCUGGUCUCCCUCCCGGGCUUCGGCACUGACGCCUACGUGCAGCUUCCCGGGCUGCUCGGCAACGUGCAGGAGAAGGUGGCCAGGGGCUGGGAGCCCAUCAGGGCGGGCAAUCAAGACGCCAACGCCGCCGUGCCAUCGUAUGCGGGCGUGUCCCUCCACUACCCGACCGCCCCAGUGCUUCUGGGCUCCUGGCAGGAGCGGCCGGUGGGCGAAUCGCGGCAGAGCUCCUUGGACAUGAGCGGCGAGCUGGUGAAUGACGAGUGGGGCAGGAGGGAUAUCAUUGCCGCGGCCGCUGUUGCCUAGACUGUAGACGAUAGGGGCGAGUAGAGGCUGGCAGGGAUGGGGCAGGGAUGGUGUGUUGUUUGUGUACAUAUGUAUGUAUGAUGGGGCGGGCAGGGGCUGAUUUCUUUCUCUUCUUUCUUCCACCAUCAAUUACAUCACACGACAGACAGACAGGUGUUGACUUGACCAUCUCAGGACAGGACACACCUGUUUGUAUCAUUCAUUCUCCUCUUGACUUUUACUCGGAUCAAGCCACAAAUCGCUGACCACGCGUUUGUAUCUCUAUGUCUGCAUGUCUGUCUCUGUGUGUGGUGUGUCUGUAUGUCUGUAUGUAUGUCUGUGUGUGGUGUGUAUAUACAUCACUGUAUCCAUGUGCAUGCACUACCUGAGGGUAUUUGUUGACACAACAAGACAGGCCGAGCCAUAUGUGGAAUUCGGGCGGCUUUUUUCGCCUUAUCUCGCGCCAUGCACUGCAUGAGCUGCCAGCCGCCCGCCCACAAUGCCGACUGACAAGCACCGCCUGUUGAUGCAUGAGAUCGAGUGCUACACGCUUAUGUGCGUGUUGGGGGCCGG